GAAAGCCUGACCCGCUCCAGUCUCGAGCCAGCUACGGGUAGUGUUUAUACAUUAUGAUGUGACAAUGACGGUUCUUAUAAUUAUGGACAGAUGCGUUAUUCUGAUCAGCUGAUCGUCUCCGUCAAUCAAGGAAAGAGAAACAUAGAAUAAGAGCCCAUUUCGAGUUAAUAAAAGGAAUCUAUAGAAAAGAACACCGUGGAGAGAAAGAAUUGAAUUUCGGUGGCUAUGUCGUUGCACCUGUGAUAGGCUUUGCCUCCAAGAGAGGCCAGUGUUGUCUGUUCUGUGUGUACAGUGGUUUUCGGUUUUGGUGGGUGUGUUGUGUGCACAUAUGAUUCGUACAAGCGAUAGAUAGAUGUGUCUUAGCCAUGCCUGCCGUGCGGAAGUACAGAAGGGAUACCAGUGAAGUGAGCUGCUGCCUCAAAUAUGUGAUAUUCGGAUUUAAUGUCAUGUUUUGGUGGUUGGGUUUGGGCAUCAUGGCUGUGGGUGUAUGGGCAUGGGCCGAGAAGGACACGUUUAACAACUUGUCCCGUCUCACAAACGUUGCGCUCGAUCCAGCGUUUAUCCUGAUUCUAGUCGGUUCCGUAACAUUUGUCAUUGGAUUUACGGGGUGUGUUGGUGCACUCAGGGAAAAUACGUGCCUCUUAGCUGCAUAUGCAAUAUUUCUGGCAUUAUUGUUGCUAAUGGAAAUGGCAGCUGGCGUCUUAGGUUUCAUCUUUAAAGACUGGAUAAAAUCGCAAGCCGCUGGUGGUUUCCAAGCGUUUAUCAUUCACUACAGAGAAGAUCCCGAUCAGCAGAAUCUCAUCGAUUGGAUUCAGGAGGAUUGGUUGCAGUGUUGUGGCAUCGAGGGGCCUAAAGACUGGGAUCGUAACAAUUAUUUCAAUUGUUCGUCGAGCGACAUUGGCUCGAGAGAAGCAUGUGGUGUGCCUUUUAGCUGUUGUAAACGAAAACCAAAUGAAAUCAUUAAAAAUAAACAGUGUGGCUACGACGUUAGGAAAUCUGGCUACACUGGAGAGAGGAGUAUAUUCGAGAGAGGUUGUCUAAGAGCAGGCGAGGAGUGGCUAGAAUUAAAUCUCGUACCUGUCGCUGGUACUGUUGUCAGCACUAUGGUUUUACAGAACCUUGAAGUGAUUUAUGAAAAAGGUUGUAUUGAGGCUGGGGAAGAAUGGGUGGAACGAAAUCUCCUCGCGAUUGCGACUGGCGCGAUUGGUACAACAUUUGCACAGAUUCUAGGGAUCUGUUUCGCCCAGAAUCUGCGAGCGGACAUAUUCGCGCAGAAGGCGAAAUGGCAUUGACAAUCCAGAGCCCCCACGGCUGUGUAGCAUCUCGUUUUGAUCGAUACUAAUCGGUUCUGUUGAUCGAGAGUGAAAAAAACUCAUGAAGAACGUGAGAGAAAGAGAAAGAGAGAGAGAGCGGAUCGGGACGGACUGUUCUGAAAUGUCUCGGCUAUCUUUCUAGAGCUUGUUAAUUGAGGAAGAAACAACGGAAGCUGGCGAAUCAAGGGGCAAACAGCGUAUCGGGACCUUAUGGUCGAUCGACGCGAAGCCGUGGGGGCUAAACGGUGGACGUGGCCGAUUUCACCGCAAAGUAAACUCUCCUACAGCCGUGAUACCUACUGCCACAACAUACAAGUACACAAUAACUUUCCGUAGCCCCAAUUGGUCGUUAAAACGGUUACUGGGGCCACUUAGGCAUAUUGAUCCUGUAUUACUCGCCGACGCGUUCCCUCCAUCGAAACACAAUAAUUAGCGACGAAGGGCCGAAUAAUCGAUCGCAAACCUACUUUCGAGUUUAUUGGACAUUUUACCGUUUCCUUUUAAUAGCAAUCGCGACGAUUCAGGUGUUACUGUCGAGCUGCUUAUAUACUGAGGCAACAUCGAGGACCAUUUCGUUGACGUUCCAUAUUUCAUGAAAAAAUUUGUCGACGGCGACAAAUGCGCAUGUUGCCCGUUUCCGUUCGAAUUGUUAAAGAUCAAAGAAAAAUAAGAAACACGCGAUAACACGGGUCAAUGGACACAAAUGUUCCUCUAGUAUAUACAAAAUUUGUCAUUUAGUUUAGAAACGACAUAGAACGCGAAGCUUAAAAUCUUUCUCGAAUUAUGGUGCUUCAUUGUGGAAAACAUGUUUAUUGGAAAUAUUUUGAAACGUGCAGCAACAAGAGUCGAGAAAAUAUGGUUUAAUGUUGUCUCAGUGUAGACGCAGCUUUAAGUUGCCGGUGUUUGUACACACUGCCAUUCUUGUAGACUAUGUCGUCGAUAAAAUGCAACCAAAGGAAAACAUCUUUCAAUCAUCAGAGAAUCUGUCGGGAUAGAAAGUAUCGUGUAUCAACGAUUUUGAAAAUCCGUUGAAAAUCCAAUAUGUUUUAAAAAGACACUUUGCAAUCGGUUCUUCCAAACGUUUGUCGCAUCUUCUCGCGUUUCAGAGGUGGGCACGAUUUUGAUUUAAACGAAAGGUGUCGAACGACGUUUGUAUACACAGAUUUUGCUUGUUAUUCUUCGAUUAAAUCGGAAUUUCAAACUGAAAAGUAAAAGGAUAUCUAGACUCGAUAGGAAUCAAAAAGCUGUUUCCAUUCGUUGUCUUCAAUUCAAACAAAAUUGUGCCCAUCCUAGCUAUUUAGUAAUAUGAUAUUAUCGUUAUAAAUAAUCAAUUUUUGCUUCUUAUUCCUUUAAGUGAAGGAAGGAGACCGUUUUAUUCGAAGAACAAUGCUAAGUUUUAUGGAGUAUGUGUGACUUGAAAGCAAAUUAUUUAGACCAAAUGAGUAGCUAAAUGUUUUGUCUAACUUGUGGUUCAGGUGAGAUCAUCUGAAAUAUACUUGAAAGAACUCGAUGAUAAGUUUGUUGCCAGCGUGAACAAUGUGUUAUUCUAUUUUUAAAAUAACAAUCAGUAUUAAGUGUUGACCUUAAGAGAUUCGCAUUCCUUAUAUUUUCUUUGUUUAUUCAAACAUCCCUAAAAAUGGAUAAACUAUCAGAAUCAUGGUUUGAGCGUCAAUUACGUAGAGCUGUCUUCUUUCAUAAGAUGAGAAAAGCAGUCCUUAAUCAAGAGAUCUAUUCAUAUUGGCAUGCAUGUGUAUAUAAGAUAAGAUUUUUUAUUUACCUCUUGCUUGCUUCAAUCGCCGACAGAGAAGCCUCCACCCACACGAAAAUAUUGCCGGCACUUCAUGUUUCGUGUUUACUAUGUGUCGUAUUUUAGCUUCUGCCCCUUUCUACUCAAUCAUCAUAUUGGACAUGGAAGUUCACAUUCCAACUUCGUGUCAAUUCCGACCGCACCCUAAACAGCUUUCAUUCUACGGUUAAGGUUUGCUCUUCCGUCUACCUUUGUUCUAGUUCCCUCCCUAUAUUCGUUUCCGGUCACACACUCGUCCGACAGUGUAUGUACUCAACGAGAAGCUUCUACUUGGCCAGGAAAAAUAGUAGCCACAGUAGUCCCCGCUUAAUAAACGCAUUUUCUCCCCUCAUAUUUGCAGAGUUAUCACCCUCAUUUCUCGAAACUGCUCGUAGCUUCCGUUCUGUUCCAUUGCUACUUGACUCCUCAGCAUUGCCUCCAAUAAGAAGGGGCUUUUUCAAUUAUGUGCGUGACGCGGUCCGCGUCUAUUAUCAUGUUUUCUCUAAACACGUAUCGCAGAGUCAUUAAGCUUGUGCACAAAAUUUUUAAACGGCAGAAUUAAAACAAAUUUCUACCUUUAAUGCAAAGACAUGGUCGUCGUAAUACAGUGAAAGCAAAAGCCAUUUGUACAUAUCGUUAGAGCGAACUGUCCGCAUAUUAAAAUAAUAAUUUAUCGUAAACCAGACAACUGAGAUUAAAACUAUGAAAAUCGCAAUUACUUUCCCACCAUGUUACAGUUCUCAAAGCAUAAUAAUGACGAAGAACAAUAACCGAACAAAUCAUCUUAAUGAACCUGCCAAGUGGAGACUAGUGUACAUUUUCAUUCACAAGCUUGGAGAACAUGAAUCCUUAAACAUGUCUAAUAAUAAAUUUACAGUACUAUUUCCGUUGAUAAUAUGAAUAUCGUAACAGUAAUGAUUUUACACAUGACAGUUGUUCAUUCACACGCGACAAGAAGGUCUAAUUGUAUUUCCGGCAGUCUUCUCACGAAACAAACGUGUUUGCAUCGCGUUAUCCUCUCUCCAAGAAGGAAGAGGACGACAGCCUUCAUCAAUUUGCACACAUUCCGUUUCGUCCUACUUCUCUUUUAAUCUUCCACUCCUUUCCUUUUACUAUGGCCGGGGAAGUAACAAACGAGCAGCCAUUCGCAGGCAAGAUAGAAGCAGUUUCGCUCCAAUCUAUUACCGUAAUUUCUGUGUCGCCCGUAAGGAUGGCUAUAUCACUGUUAACGCCAUCCUUUCUACCUCUGUCAGCAAUUUAUCUCGACUGUCGCCAUCUAGUAUAUUCACGGAAGGAAAGGUCCUUUCAAAUAGACGAAUAUUAUAGGCUACCUCGCCCUUAGUCAUAUUGCAUCGUUCAAUGUCUCGUAAUUCUUUACGUUGCGGUCACGAGACCACUUUUACAAUGGACGGUGCCAUGUUCGUCACAGUUUCAUAUCGUGACAGUACAACUCUGUGUAUCGAUUGCCAACUGAUCGAAAUAUUGUUUCUUUCUCAUGGAUGACAAAAGCAUCGAGUGUUGAAAAAAUAUGCAUUCUUGCCGCCUGUCUCUUAAGCAUUGGCAUUCGAGUAUUAUUCUUCAAGAUAUCAUUUUCGAGAAAGAGUUUGGAAUAUUUGUAGAAAAUCCUGUCUAGAUUCGAGAUUUUUUAAAGCAGUCUUCAAUUAAACAUUUAACUUCGUCACCAUUUCCUGUGAUUCCAUAGUUUUUAGGUUCGUUUCGAAAUGAAUUUCUAUAAGUAGACUACCGCGGCUUCAUGCAUAUACGACAAAGAUGAACAGAUCAGACACCAAAUUGUAAUAACAUUAAAAAGAAUACAAGUACGCAAUUAUAUUAUUUUCAAUUAUUACAGUUAUUAAAAGUGGAGAAACAUUUCCAUCUAACUUGUGUCUCUUACAAUUAACUUAGACAAUUGUUAUUUUGCAUAAAGAUCCGCAGUUUACUUAUAAGACGUAAGUAACCUUUUUUAGACCAUUCUUUGUUGCUUAAGCAAUCAUUAAAAUUUUUGAAUAUCCUCAAUGAAUACCAAAGAACGUACGACUAUGAAAACGAAUUUUAUUUUAGGCGUUCCUACCUCCUCGUACAUAAUGUGUGAUUAAUAUAGGUCGUGCAGGAGUUUCUAAAUUCGGUCUACAUAAAACGCAAAUUCAGUUGCUAUUCCAGGCUCCAUUUAUUGUUAGCAUCCAGGUCGAAUCCUUCUUCUACUAUUCAUCUUGUAGCUCUUACGUCAAAGUCAUUCCAUUUAACCCCUUACGAAACUCUUCGUAUGCUGAAUUCCAUUAUAAUUUGGAAACCUAAAUUUACAUUCCAUUUUUCUACACGCAACUAGCGCAAUUCUACAAAUUGCACCUAUCAACCAUUCACUUAUUCUACAAAUUACACCUAUCAACCAUUCACUUAUUCUACGAAUUGCACCUAUUUACCAUCCACUUAUUCUACGAACUGCAUGAAGUUUACGAUUUUUUCAACAAUUCCACGCGAAAAGCUGAUUCCAUGUGUAUCAUAAUAAUCUACCUUUAUCGUACGAUCUAAAUAAUGAUAAUGUAAAAAUAGGUUUACUAUUAAAUCUCGACUGAAUUAAGAAUUAUUUUCCAAACUGUGUCACACACACACAUGGACCACUAGUUCCUCAAUGACGAAUGAUUCUGAAACGUUAGACCACACGCUGAUGGUUGCGAGGGACUUUUGCGUGACGCAAAACGCACGUCAACUGCAAUUAUUCAAUUCAGUUUUCAGACUAGUUUAACCAGUUUUACUUUGACAUGGCAAGAGAAAGUCACGAACUGCAUACUUCUAUUUUCAAGACUAUAAUUGAAGGGCUCUUAAGAAUAUGGACGUUCCUCAAAAAAUGGCCUUUUGAAUUGCACUUUCAGAAACUAUAGAUUUACCUGUACAUGCCAACAAAUUACCAACUUUAAACGUAGUAAUUGGAUAGCAAACACGAGGAUUUAGUUGUGUCGGUGUUACGGUUUUCUAAUGAAACAAAACUUUAAAGUCGAAUAUUUCAAGAUACAAGUUUUUAAAAAAUGUCCAUAUUACUAAGAGCCUUUUAAUUUGUCUACACAAGUUGAUCAAAUACUCCAAAGCAUUCCGAAUUAUAAAUUUUUGUCGAUAUUUCUGAAAUUAUAGUGCAUUUCUUAAAGUGGUCUCACCUAAUUAGAGCUUCUCACAGAUAAACGGGAUGUCUCGGAUAAUAGUAGAACCAGGGGGAAGAUUUUGUUGAAGGUUUCAUGCUAAAUUAAGUCGAAAAAGUAGAAUUUCCAGCCUGUUUGAAGGAAUAAAAAUGAAGUGCGAACCUCUUUUCUCUUUUUUCGACUUACUUCUGCUAGCAAAGAAAUCGUAUUAUGCUUUCAAGUCCAAAAUACCAUCCAAAACAUAGCGUUGUCCUUUCCUAAUUGAUCCUUCGAGUGAGACAAGUAUUGUCAAUAACGUUAUGAUAAGCAAUAUGAAUGAGUUAUUACUUCGAGCGACAUGUACACGUUUAAAGUGACCGCCGAAACUAUUAAGAAACUGAACACUGUGAGAAUGACAAUCAUACCGUUUAUUGACACAAUAAAAUAUCGUUUCUAAUACUUUGUGAUAUUCCUCAUAGUAGCUACGCGCAUUCCUUUCUAAGUAGACUUGAAUAAUGACGGCAUAUGUUGAGAUUCUAGUCCGUCCGUUUAAAAAUUGAUCUGUUAUCUAGAAGAAGUUGAUCCAUACCAUUAUAUUUGUUAUUAGAAAUCGAAGUUAGCUGUUUUUUUUCGUUUUUGACUAUAAGCACACUCGGCUUAUUCGAUUCGUUCUCCAGUAAGCUUUAUUUAUCUUAUAAAACGUUUUAAUUUUAUGAAUACAGAUUAUAUCUGUCUGACUAAAAUACUAUGAUUCCAUUAUAAAAAUGUAGUCUUCCAUUUUUAGAGGAACAUAAUUUGAGUGUAAAUUUUCGAAUUUUAUUUGUUACAAAAAUUGAAUACUUGUUGUCAAUACACUCGUAUUGAAUAAUUGUUCGCAGAAUUAAUGCAAUGAAAACUAUACUGAGGCAACAUUUUUUAGAGAUAAUUGAAGUCGAUUUUAUUUGGACAAUUGAAAUUUUUAGUGUCUUGUAGUUAAUAUAUACGUAAACAUUUUAAAUGUAUUUAAAUGUAUUUAUGUAUCGCUGUCACUGCCGUGAAAACGAUAAAACUAUCACUGAAUUUCCAAAGGAACGAACGAAUCGAAUGCGCUGACUGUGCACGCAAAGGACGUUUCCGAUUGAGAAGUGACGGUGAAUUCAUUUCUCAAGUAGUGGAACGAGUCGGCGUCCUAUACUGUUUUAACUUCCACACACCGAAUUCACUGAAAAUUGUGAUUCCUUUUCUGUGCGUUUACGUUUCUUCGAAGAACGUCGAAAGACACGAUGCUGCGCGCACGUCAAUGACAUUUUGAGGAUGCCACUCGACUGCCGGACAGGGAUUUCGAGUUUCAAAUUAGCUUUGGACGCGCGCGUUCCAUUCGCAUUUCUACGAACCAACGUAAGGAACAAUCACGUGAAAGUGUAAACGUUCGACAUAGUGAUUAAACGUGAACGAGGAAAGACACAAAAGGAAAAGAAACGAACGAGAUAGCGGCUGGACCGCGGAUCCGCAGAAUAGCUUCAGUUUCGAUGAGGAUGUUGCUUCGUGAAAACAAAGUUCCAAAGGGAUACCUCCGAUCCUAAUUUUCUCCCGCGCGACUCUCCAGAGAGAAUCGAUUUUCCUAGAGGAAAAGAAACCAGCGUACACAAUCUUCAAGUAUGCAUGCGGACGCUUCGAUAUUUUCUACUAUUAACCCAUGUGCUCUAACUCCAUUAUGCAGAAAGUGUUUCUAGAGACUCUUCGUAAGACUCGUUACAUUUUAUUAGAUAGAUCAAUCGAAGACACAUCAAUGUAACUAACUGGUCGACAACUGGAAUCGAGUUGUCCUUGUUGUUUAUUCGUAGAACGUUCGUCCUUCCAGAUCAUCCGCUUCAAUUGACUUGUCUAAGUAAUGCGAACAAUUUUGUAUCACGACGUUUUCUCGAUAAGAGGCUCGUUGCUCGUUUCACAAUAUUUCCUCGAUAAUUGUCAAAAUUUCAAGUCUGCCGUGUAACAGUUAUGGUAGAACUACUAUAUUUUUCUGGUGUUCCGAAUGUAGAGAAGUUUUAAAUUAAAAAAUCAAUAUUCUUUAUAUAUUUGGUUCUUCAUCAACGAAACUUUUACCAUUGCAUUCGUUACGUUUCACUGAUUAAAAUGACACCAAACACGAUAUAAUUACGACUAUGUCAUUUGUGUAAUAAGUUGAUGUGCGAAACUUGAAUCGAGGUGAACAUGACAGUAAAGGUUUCGUAAAAAGGAAUAAAAAGUUAGGAAAGUCACAGUCUUUAGCUUCGUUUGAAUUAAUAUGAGUGUCACAUUUUCGCCAAUUAUGGAGAGAAUACUGUACUACGAUUUCUCGAAGUCGUCGUAACGCCCAAGCUACUCUCAGAUGGAACCGUUUUGUCGAAUCAAAACGCCACCAGCCACGAGUUUCUUAACGAGAAGACGUCGUAACCACGUGAUAUUAAAUAGCUGUAAAUGUUUUCGAUGGAUUACGUUAAUCGACUCGAUUGUAUUGUAUUUUCAAAAAAUAAUGUGGAUAGAUGUAACACUCGGUUCUUUGUGCAGUUUUAAUUCUCGUCUUCUUUUGGUUUCCUGGUCCAAUGUUGAUACAGACUGAACUCUCCUCGAGAAUGGACCACGAAACACAUAUAUACGUACGUUCAUGCGUUAGUUUGUUAAUCAUGAGAGCUGACAAUUCAAAGGAGAACGCUUCUAAACGUAACAUUUCUUCAGAAUUUAAUUUCAUAUGUCUGAAAAUAUUUUUCUACGGAUUACCAACAUUUGGCACAUCUACAGGCUAAAUAAAGUAGUUCAAAUGAUUUGACUGUACAUAAAUUAUAAAUAAAGCUUUUACAACUACCACAGUUUUAUGGAAAA